CUACCGUCAACAAUGAGCGACGAGAAGGCCACAUCCAGCAAGGCGCAGCCAAAUGGCGCCCUGCAGGUCCGCGACGCCCGCACCUCCCUCCUCUCCAAAGAAGAACAACAGCGACGGCGGCGUCAGAAACAGGCCAACCGCGAUUAUGGCCGGGGCAAGGGCGUCGACCUGCGCAACGUGCGCGACAAGAAACUGCGCACCAACAUGAAGAAGCUCGAGUCCAAGUACCAUACGGCCAUUACGAAAGCGAAGGAUGCCGAAAUCCUGCUCGAAAAUGAGUCCGGCUUCCUCGAGGCCGAGUCGGAAUUGGAGCGGACUUACCGGGUGCGCCAGGACGAGAUCACCUCCGAAGCCGCGGUCGAGACAGCACAGAAGAGGCUCGAACUGAAGUUGGACGAACUUGGCCCAUAUCACUGCGAGUACACUAGGAAUGGACGAGAGCUGCUGCUUGCUGGUAGGAAGGGCCAUGUUGCGACGAUGGACUUCCGGGAGGGCAAGCUGGGUUGCGAGCUGCAGCUGGGUGAGACGAUCAGAGACAUCCAGUGGCUCCACAACAACCAAUACUUCGCCGUCGCGCAAAAGAAAUACGUCUACAUAUACGACAGAAACGGUGUUGAACUCCACUGUCUGAAGAAGCAUGUGGAGGUGUCGCACAUGGAAUUCCUGCCGUACCACUUCCUCCUCGCGACUCUGGGUAUAUCGAGCAAUCUGAAGUACCAGGACAUCUCGACCGGCCAGCUUGUAUCCGAAAUUCACACAAAGGGAGGAGCGCCAUGUUCCAUGACCCAAAAUUCUUGGAACGCCAUAUGUCAUAUUGGACACCAAAACGGAACAGUCACACUGUGGUCACCAAAUUCCUCAGAACCUCUUGUCAAGCUUUUGGCGCACAAGGGACCAGUACGCUCCUUGGCAGUUGACCGAGAGGGCCGAUACAUGGUCUCAGCUGGGCAGGAUAAGAAGAUGGCGGUUUGGGACAUUCGAAUGUUCAAGGAGGUGAACAGCUAUUUCACAAGGUCACCAGCCACGUCUGUGGCUAUCUCAGACACUGGGCUGACGGCACUGGGAUGGGGCACAAGUGCAACAAUAUGGAAGGGCCUGUUCUCAAAACACAGAGCUAUGCAAGAGAAGGUCCAAAGCCCCUAUCUAACAUGGGGAAAGGAAGGAAAGCGCGUCGAGAGGGUCAGAUGGUGUCCGUUCGAGGACGUGCUCGGCAUCGGCCACGACGAGGGCUUCUCAUCCAUCCUGGUACCGGGCGCAGGCGAGGCCAACUUCGACGCCUUGGAAGUCAACCCAUACGAGACCGUCAAGCAGCGACAGGAGGCCGAGGUCAAGGGUCUGCUUAACAAGCUCUCCCCGGAGAUGAUCGCCUUGGAUCCCAACUUUGUAGGCAAUCUCGAUCUGCGCUCAGAGGCGCAGCGCCAGGCCGAGCGUGAUCUGGAUGCGGCGCCGGAGGACGUUGAGGAGCAGAUCAGAAACAAGGCAAGGGGCCGAAACGCAGCAUUAAAGAAAUACCUGAGGAAGCAGAGGAAGAAGAACAUCAUUGACGAGAAGAGGUUGCGGGUGGACGAGAUUUGGAAUGAGCUGCAGCAGAAGAACAAGGCGGCGCACCAGGAACAGCAAGAAGAGCUCGGUCCGGCGCUGGCACGCUUUGCAAAGAAGGAGAGAUGA